AUGAAGUGUUGUAUAUUUUUGUCAAUACUCAUCGUUUAACUUAACUUAAUUAAGAUUAAUAAACUCCCUGUGAACAUGCUAAGCAGAUUGUGUCCACCUUCGUAUUCUCCACAACUUACUUUUGAGUCCGAGCAAAGCCUCUUACUGUGUUACUUCUCACAGACAAGAGCUUGCACUUAUUAACUGCAAGUUAGAGGUGCUGGGCCAGCAUGCCACAUAUGGAUUGGGUGUAAGCUCCAAAAAACGAAUUUUCUGGCCACCUGUAAAAACCCUUAGUCCAGGGCUCAAUGCCUGGUAUAAUGCUGGAAACGUUCCGAUUGACUAGGAGUAUUCUCACUGGCGUUGCAGGGAGAUCCCUUUCUAACUCCGCGUCCCACCUUCCUCCUAGAUAAACCUCUGCUUGAAUGUGAGCUACGGUUAGCCUAAUCCAACAUUGCACUCCAUCAAACUAAGCAAAACUCGGCCGGAUGUUCAUUACCCAGCGCCAUCCUCCCUAACACAAUUUAUCUGUGUUUCCUCUUAGCUACAGAUGCUAUGAGGUGGAUUGGUUCUCAAAUAUGUUUGUCAAUACUCAUAGCAGUCUAUGCGGACCUCGAAAAGUGCAAGAACGACAUAAUCGAUAUGGGAAUCAACAAAUACCCACAUGGCUUACAAAUGAUAUAUUACUCUGGCAAAGGCUUUGAUGAUUUAGGUUUAUACGCCGAAUGCAAUAACCUGACUUCCGCAAAAUACGCACUUCUUGAAGCCAAAUAUGAUGGAUUUAGAGUGAUGUUGGGCUUCUGUGGCCCAGUCAAUUGCACAGUAGGUGACUAUCAAGACCUCAGUCUCGAAAUUUACCAAAAAUUAAAUUUAAGCAAUAUUCCACAAUUGACUGAUUUUAAAGCUCACUUUCCCAGUGAAUACAACAAAGACGGCAUGGAUGGUGCUGCGAUCUUUGUACUGACACUAUGAAUCCUCUUAUUCGGAACAGUUGUGGCAGGAACAACUUUUGAAGUUAUUUCUAUUAAAAACCCACAAAAGAGGUUUGGGCCUGUAUCACGAAAUGUUAUGGCAUUUUCAUUAAUCACAAACUGGAAGAAACUCACGACUUUGCCAACUGAAUUUGACACACUGCAGAUAUUCAAUGGUGUUAGAGUGUUCUCAAUGCUUAUCAUCGUCUUUGGCCAUUCUUACAUCUACCAGUUAUCGGGAGCUUUUUCAAAUCCUGCAGGAAUUUAUACGGUAUUCACAGAUUAUUAUCAUCUGUUUAUGAUUAUUUAUGUAGUUGACGUUUUCUUUUUGAUGGCUGGAUUUUUAUUGGCUUUUCUUACAACAGCGCAGCUGAAAGCGACAAAAGGGAGAAUGAACUGGGCAAUAUUUGAACUUCAUCGCUUUAUUAGGCUUAUUCCUAUCUAUUACAUGUGCUUUUUAACAUAUGCGUUCUUAUUAAAAUACAUAGGAAGCGGCCCUCAAUGGCCAAUUUUCGAAGAUGUAACACCUGUAGGCUGCAAGCAAUAUUGGUGGGCAAACCUAUUGUUCAUCAAUAAUUUCUUCCCAGUUGGUGAGUUUUCUUGUAUGGGUUGGAGUUGGUACAUUGCAAAUGGCAUACUUGCUUACUUAAAUUACUUAUAGAGAAGUCUUCUGCUGCCUGCAGGCCACUAAUUACCUCCCACAUAACGUCUCACCGUUUACUUGUAAGAUCGUACAAUGCUUCCCCUAUGUUGAUCCUCACGAACGAGGGCAAGACUUGCUCCCCGUGAAUAAGAGACGCUGAGUCGCCAUGCCAUACGUCAACGGGCUUGCCCUUUCCAAAAAUUCGAAAAAUAAAUUUUCUGGUCGAGCUGUCGACAAAAAUGGAACCUGUGAUUUGCCAAAUUGGCCAACUGACCACCUCUCAUCUUGCUCGGUUUCCCCUUUCCAGCUCCAGCGGACCAUAAUACACGAAGUAAAACCUUGAGCUGGAAAUGAGCAUGCGGUCGAAAUUUCGCUCCGCCAAAAUCUGGCCGGGUAUUAAUUUACGAACAUGGUCCCCUUACCACAAGAUCCCCAAAUUUUUUCCCAAUGAGCCUACUGGCUACUGAUGCUAAGAGGUAAGGUUGGUUCACUUGCCAUUAAGGCAUAUGCAAAUGACGUUCAAUUUUAUGUAUUCUCACCGAUUGUCCUUAUCUUAUACUUCAAGAAUAAGCUCUGGGGAUAUCUAGCCUGCAUAACUUUGAUAGGUGUAAAUUGGAUAGAAGUUGGAAUUGAAGCGAAUAUAAAUGAUUAUAAUCCAACUAUGCUAUACGGAGUAGGAAAUAAAGACCAAUUCCUCCACAAUUAUGUCAAGCCUUAUGCAAGAAUGGCCCCAUACUUAUUAGGAAUAAUGAUUGGCUUUCUAUAUAGAAGCGCUGUAGAUCACAAAGCACAAGCAUCAGCAGCUAAACAAAACAACAACGUUUUGCUGAGUCCCAGUUAUAAUCUUAUUCAAGAGGAGCAGCCAAAACUGCCAAUGGAAAAAAGUUUCGUUACUUCUUUGGAAGUCAAAGCUUUCAAAUGGGUUCAUAUUCCUGCUUUCAGAUAUAUUGGCUAUGCGAUUGGAUUAACUUUGAUGUAUGUAAUAAACUUUGGCCCAUACCAACUAACCACCUAUGGUCUUGAUGAAUGGUCAACCUCACAUAAAGCUGCCUUUAUGACAUUUGACCAUUUUGGAUUUGCCUUUGGAUUUUCGCUGUUUAUGAUUCCUAUGCUAUUUGGAUACUGCAGAUGCCUUUUAUACGUGCUGACACUUAGGUUUCUGGCUCCAUUGGCAAAGGUCAGCUUUGCUUUUUAUGUGGUCCACCCGCUAUUUAUUUAUUGGUAUAUUUUCUCUCGGGAUAGCGCUCUAUAUUAUGGAGACUUAGAUAUAUCUUAUCAUGCGGUUGGAACUAUUUUAUUGACAACUAUAACAGGGACUUUGCUUUCACUGAUGAUAGAAAGCCCAAUUCUUUCUUUGGAGAAAAAUUUGUUGAGAGGAGGAAGAAAUAAACAUUAA